AUGGCCAAUCUGAGUGAGUACGAAAAGGACCCCGGAUGGCAGUACCUCAAGAGGUCUCGCGAGCAGCAGCUCAAGGACCAAUCUCAACCAUACGACUCAAAGAAGAGCGUAUGGGUUCCAGAUCCGGAAGAAGGCUACGUGGCUGGAGAAAUUAAGUCCACCAAAGGUGACAAUGCUGUCGUGAUCAUCGAAAACUUAUACCGGAAAGAUGCGCGUGCAGAGAUGAAUCCACCAAAUUCGAAAAGGACGGGAGAAACCACCCGGUGCCCUCUCCACAGACAUGCUCAAGCUCACCGCCUCAAUGCACGCGUCCGUGCUCUACAACUCAGAGCUCGUGAUGCAGCACAUGCUUAUCUAGCGUGGCAUGCUAUUGCGUUCAAAGGAACAUACUCCGGACUUUUCUGUGUGGUGAUUAAUCCAUACAAGCGGCUCCCUAUCUACACAGAAUCGGUGGCGAGGAUGUACAUGGGCAAACGUAGGACUGAAAUGCCUCCUCAUUUGUUCGCCGUUUCCGAUGAGGCGUACCGAAACAUGCUUAUGGAUCAUGAGAACCAGUCUAUGCUCAUCACAGGAGAAUCUGGAGCAGGAAAAACGGAAAACACCAAGAAAGUAAUCGCCUACUUCGCCUCUGUCGGUGCCAGCCAACAAGCAGUGAAAGCCAGUACCGACAAGAC